AUGGCAGAAACGACUCCUGAUGCUUCAGAGAAACUGGUCAUCAUCCACUCCAAAGCUCACAAAGAUACCAUUCUGGCUAAUUUCGAAGAACAAAGGAAAAAGGAUUUUCUUUGUGACAUUACUCUAAUAGUGGAGAACGUGCAGUUCAGAGCCCAUAAAGCUUUGCUCGCUGCCAGCAGUGAAUACUUCUCAAUGAUGUUUGUAGAGGAGGGUGAAAUAGGGCAGUCAAUUUACAUGUUGGAGGGAAUGGUUGCAGACACCUUUGGAGCACUGCUAGACUUUAUCUACACCGGUUGCCUCCGUGCCAGUGAAAAAAGCACAGAACAAAUUCUGGCUACUGCACAGCUGCUGAAAGUGACUGACUUGGUCUGGGCCUGUACAGACUAUCAGGCCAGCCGCGGCCCAGGUAACGCGCUACCAGCUCCAGCGAACACCGUGGCCACUGUGGCCGUUACAGCAAGCGACAAGAAAAAUGAAGAUCCACCGAAGCGAAAACGAGGGCGACCAAGGAAAGUCAGGAGUGUCCAAGAAGAAAAACCAGCCGCAAAUUCUGCUGAAGAUGUGCAGCUGAGAGAGAACAACUCCAUGCAAAAUAAGCAAAAUUUUAUGAAGAAAGACACCGCAGAAGAAGAAACAGUUGUCAGCGAAGAGGCUCCAGCGAGGAAGGAUGCAGAAGAACCUGAACCUGCUUGUGGCUCAGAAGCUGCUGUCGAUCUGUCAGCUGAGAAGGAUGAGAAUUAUGAUCCCAAAUCUGAAGGAAUGCAGAGCACUCAGAGCCGUUACAGCAAACGUAGAAUAAGGAGGUCAAUCAAACUAAAAGAUUAUAAACUCCUUGGUGAUGAGGAUGAAAAAGGACUGGCAAAGAGAACGGAUGGAAAAAGGAAACGUGCGUGCUCUGAAGCUCGCUGUAAAGACUGUGGCAAAGUGUUUAAAUAUAACCACUUCUUAGCUAUUCAUCAGCGAAGUCAUACAGGGGAGCGCCCUUUUAAGUGCAGCGAGUGUGGCAAAGGCUUUUCCCAGAAGCAUUCCCUUCAAGUCCAUGAGCGGAUGCACACUGGAGAAAGGCCCUACACGUGCACCGUCUGCAGUAAGGCGCUGACAACAAAGCAUUCCCUUCUGGAGCAUAUGAGCCUUCAUACAGGGCAGAAGGCUUUUACGUGCGAUCAGUGUGGAAAAUACUUCAGCCAAAAGAGGCAGCUCAAGAGCCACUAUCGAGUACACACAGGCCGUUCACUGCCGGAAUGUAACCAGUGUCGUCGCAAAUUCAUGGAUGCAGCUCAGUUAAAGAAACAUCUAAGAACGCAUACAGGUGAGAAGCCCUUCACUUGUGAAAUUUGUGGCAAAUCAUUCACAGCUAAAAGUUCUCUUCAGACUCACAUUAGAAUUCACAGGUAG